CAAUAGAUGAACACAAUUUGAUUCUGCAUUUUAGAACGCAUCACUCUAACAACGCAAUAUUUUUACUGCUACCUGAGCUCGGCAGGGACUGUUACAAAUUCGUAAUCAUCCACAUGAAAAACAAGGCUUCCGUGCUAUCAGGAAAUGGAAAACAGCAAAUUAAAUAGCAUUAUGAGCGUCGAAAACAAAAUGGUUUAUUGCCCCACACGAUUCCGCCAGACUUGAUUAGUUCCCUCGGAUUAUUGCACACCCACCGGGGGUGCUGGUAACUUGGUGAAUAGAGUGUUGGCGGCAGCUUUUCCCAAUCAAGCAAUCCCGCUUAUGAACGACUGCAUUGCAAACUAAUUUUAACCAUAUUCGAAAAGUAAGGGCAUUUAUUUUAUAGGUAUGUCCUAUUGAGUUCAACGACCAAACAAUUUAAUAGCCGAGAAGGAAAAUAGUUCUUCCGGAGAGUAUGGCUCCAUAUAAAAGGAAUUUAGAGGGUUCAACACAACUUCUCACAUGGUCUCGCCUGAUAUACCGUGCUAGACUGGCUUUAGAAGUCUGAUAUACCGUGCUAGACUGGCUUUAGAAGUCUGAUAUACCGUGCUAGACUGGCUCUUGCAAUAACGAGUACAAGUAUGAACAACUCGACGACGGGAUGCAAAAUAGACCCUGAACAGCCAUGGAAGCGGAUAGUAAAGAUCACAGUUUACGCGAUCAUCAUGGUAGUGGCGCUGAUCGGGAAUAUCUUAGUCUGCCUGAUCGUGCGCAAGACCAGCAAAGCCACGCGGACCGCCCUUCAUUACUUCUUGUUUAACAUGGCUCUGAGUGAUUUGGUCAUCCCUAUAGUGGCGGUUAAUAGACUGCUGGUGGAGUUAUGGACCGGUUCUGAUAGCUGGCUAGUGACCGGUCUACUCGGGAGCUUCCUGUGCAAGUUCGUGUUCUUCAUCUCUGACGUAUCCCCGAUGGUCUCCAUUCUCAACCUCCUCUUCAUCGCUUGUGACCGUUUUGUUGCUAUUGUGCUGCCCUUUCAACUGAACUUACUGCGCUCGUGGGUGUGCCACGAGAUCGCGUUCUCGUGGAUCCUCGCGUGUGCGUACUUUGCGCCGUAUUUCUACGCGUUUCGCCUCGUGGAGGGCAAGUGUGUGAUGGACUGGCGACCGGUAUUUGACCACGCGAAGACGCGCGAGCAUUACACGGGCGCACUUUGCGUGCUGUUCAUCCUCGUGCCGUUUGCUCUGCUCUUCAUCAUGUACUCGUGGAUCACGUAUAAGUUACGUCAAUCCGCGAAAUACAAGCAUAACGCUGGGUGUGGUCGCCACGCGCGUCGCAGGAAAUCCACUCGUCGCAUCACCAUCCUUUCCUUCCUCAUUGUCUUGUCCUUCGCCAUGUGCUGGGGGGCGUACUUCGCACUUCUUGUCACGUUGAACUUCGCAUGGCGCUGGGAUGCGAGCCUGUUGCCGUGCUACUGGGGGACUUUCGUGUUCGUCGCUCAGUUCUUAGCUUACUCUAACUCCGCAGUCAACCCCGCGAUUUAUUUCAUGUUAAUGAAGGAUUUUAGAUCGUGUCUGAAGGCGCUUGGGUAUCAUCCUGUCAAACGAAAAGGUCCACUAGAAAUGGAAAGGAUUAGGGAUCAAAAUAUCGUACUUCGUAAUCAUCAGCGUCGUCAUCCCGCCCUGAGUAGGGUGCAGACCACACGACUAUAGCGGGCGGUUACCCUCUCCUUUAGUUACAAAUAUUGCACAAUAAAGCAAAUUAAGACAACUUAAUCAUGACCAACAAGCGGAUAAAUCAUGACCAACAAGUCGGAUUAACACAGUUAAGAACGGAAAUUAUCAAGCGAUCGGUCACUUUUGCAGGUGCAAAGGCUGUACGCCCUAUCGAACGAGGCCCGCACUAUUGAGACACAAGGCUUUUUCAAAAGACAGAGAGAGUAAAUGAGAUGUCCUUAAGGCAGGAACUAGACUGCCAAUCUGCUAGUUAGCAAGCUAAUCUCAAUUAAAAGUCAGUUUAUUUUUGUUAGAUAAUUAACGUAUUAUAGAUAGGUAAUCCAAUAGCUUUUCGUGAGAUAGAAGUAAAGUUUAUUGUGCAAUUAAUUUGAGGUAGAGAGUAUUACACGACCACAUAAGCUGUAAUUUCUCUUGUGUUUAAAAUGCAUUUAUUUAUUCAUCAUUUAGAAGGAUCUGGUUUGCAAUAUAUAAUGGAUCACUUCAGAAAAGUAAAGCGUUUUUUUUCUUUAUGAAAGCUAUUUAUUUUCACCGGUAAUUGCAUGAAUGUGCGCGCGCCGGUUAAUGUCACAAUGUGGUGGCGCCCCUUCCCAUGACUGUUAACCACACGGGUGUGUUUGAUUACGAUUAGGAGAUUGCAAUACUGUUGUCAGGCCUUGUUAACCACACGGGUGUGUUUGAUUACGAUUAGAUUGCAAUACUGUUGUCAGGUCUAGCGAGACUAGCGAGAGGUUUGCGUCUUAUCGUGUUCAUUAUCUUUGAUGGAGAUCUCUCAAAACUAAUGUGCUGACAUGUGAAACUAAAUCCCGUGCCCAGAAUUAUUAGAUAUGAAUGAAAGUGUGCUUAAAAAGUUUCAUUUUAAAGAUGUCUUUUAUUAGUUGAACUCUGGGAAAUGCUCGUUUCUAGGCAUGAUAAUGAAAUUAUAAGGAAGCAGAAAUGAUAUGUUCUUUGUUUUCGUGGCUGAACUUAUCGUUUUAUUCGUCAUUACUUCUGCCGUCAUUAUAAGACUUCACCUUCAUUAUAAGUCUUUACCGUCAUUACCUCUGCCGUCAUUAUAAGUCUUAACCGUCAUUACAUCUACCGUCAUUUUAAGUCUUAACCGUCAUUACUUCUGCCGUCAUUAUAAGUCUUAACCGUCAUUACUUCUACCGUCAUUUUAAGUCUUAACCGUCAUUACUUCUACCGUCAUUUUAAGUCUCUGGAUUCAGUGUAGCUACACAAUCACUACAGCACCAGGCCCAACGCAGUGACGGUGACGUUGCUUAGCAAAGAUUGGGAGGUGAUUGUGCGCAGGUGAUUGUGCCCCAUGGGACCGGUUUCACAAAGCCUGGAUCAGUCUUAUCCACCGGUUAAAUCUUUAUCCAGCGGAUAAAAGUUAUCCGAGUGGCGUGACUCCGUUGCACAAAGCCCGAAUAAAAGUUAUCCAGCGGUUAAAGUUAUCCGAAUGAUAAAGGUCGGAUAUAAUCUUAUCUACUGAAUAAAUGUGAA